CAGUGUUGUAAAAUAUCUGCCAAUAAUGGAUGCAGUGUUCAAGGGUUGUACAUUACAUGAGGCACUUGCCAUACUUGCAGAAGACGACGAACUCGAGCUUCAGUUGCUUUAUAUUGAACCUCCAGACCCUGCAAUCCUAUCUGACGAAGAUUCGGCCGACGAAGAUGAGGGUGGUUUCAUAAAUAAUCUCACAGGUCGGCAACUCAAUGCUAGAUGUGAAGUGGUACUGGCAUCUAGAUCUGAGCCACGAGGUGCUGGCCGUCCAUCAGCUUCCAAAACAUCCAAAACUGGCAAUCGAGUCUCUGACAGCAUACGUUAUGACGGGAGGAAUCAUUUAUUGGUACCCGGUGGGUCACGACGCAAGUGUGGGUUAGAGUCUUGCCAUAGUCAGACUAGGCUGCAGUGCAAUAAAUGCAACGUGGGGCUCUGUGCGGCCUGCAACCUACAGUUUCACACAAACAAUACGUAA